AUGAAAUCUGAAGCUUCUCAUCGACGGCCAAAAGGGUGGGAACUGAGAAAGGGUACUGAAAUUCCAAGCAAAGAUUCAAUGGGGAGUUUGCCAGAAGAACUGAUCAUUGCAAUUCUUGUAAGGGUUCCAGUUAAAUACCUCUUACAGUUCAAAUGUGUUUCCAAAUAUUGGUUUAAUUUGAUUUCCAGCCCUGAAUUUGUGAAAACCCAUCUUAGUUUUUCUGCUAAGGAUUAUACCCGCCAUAUAUCUCUGUUGCAAUUGGAUACACAAUAUACUAAUAUUAAAUACUGUUCUGUUAGCUCUUUAUUUCAUAACUCUGUUAAUGAGGCACUUGAUUUGGAUUGUCCCAUGAACAAUCCACCUCAAUGUCUCUAUAUUUUGGGUUCUGUUAAUGGGUUGGUUUGUCUUUCCGAUGGGUUUGAUGGGUUGGUGAUAUGGAAUCCAUCUAUUAGAAAGUUCAACAAAGUGUUUGACUAUGUGCCUACACAGAUACAUGAGUGCUGGUCCAUUUAUGGUUUUGGAUAUGAUGAGGUUCAUCACGAUUAUAAGGUAGUGGGUAUUUUUUGUAACAUGACUGAGGCCUUUUUCAAGGCCGCAAUAUAUAGUUUAAACAGUGAUUCUUGGAAAACACUUGAAGAUUUUAAACCUGGGUGA